GGUCGCCGCGCCACCCCAGGCCCAGGAAUAGCCCAGUCCGCAACCGGGAGACCUCAACCAGGGAGAGGAGGAGCGGGGCAAAGGGACUGGGUGUCCCCCAAGCCGCUGCGCGGGACGUGGAAGGGACGAAAGAGUUAUCCAUGAAAUGGGUUCUGUAGUGCCCUGGAGCAGCCCAUGGGGAAUUGCUAGACAGCAGGUGGAGCUCUUGGUCUCUGGGUCUCCCAUUUUUCACCUGGGCCUUUGCUGGACUGGAGCAGCUGUGCUUUCUCUUGCUCUACACAUUUGGGCUCUGGUAUUGGAACUUAUUUGUUGGAGAAAUGUCUUCAGAGUCAGAAAAGGAUAAAGAGAGACUGAUUCAAGCUGCCAAAAUGUUCUUCUUUCAUGUACAAGAUCUUGCUUCUGUCACAGACACACUGAAUUGUUUAACUGCAGUAUGAAUACUCAAAUCCUUUUGAUGGCUGUGAAAAACAAUAGUAACAUUAAGGAUUUUUUUGAGCAAAUGCUCAAAAUUUUUAAGGAGAUGCAAUCUGUAAUGGAUGCAAGACAUGACAAAAUUCAAAAGGAGUCUUUAUGUUCCAAGGUUGCAAUGGCCAUGUGCUCUGUGGUUCAGAAGAGUACCAAUGUAGAGGAGUUGCAUCAGUCAGCUAAAGAAGUUUUCAAAAGUGCCCAUACGCCAGUCAUCAUCUCUGUGCUAAACAGCAGUAACAUCCUUGGGAGUCUGGAAUCUUCUCUUUCACACUUGAUGAAAUUCCCCAUCAUGAAUCUUCAAUUAAGUAACUUCUGUACAGAAGACACCAAAGAGCAAUCAGAUGCCACCACAUCUGAGAGAACCAGAAGUCCAGGUUCUUCCAAAACCACUGUGAUAGACACCUUGAAAAAACUGCAGGAUGUACUAAAAACUGAGGAUUCCAAAAAUCCCACAAAGUCAGAGCAGAUUUGUUGGAACAAAUUGUCGAGGCUAUGGGACCAAUCUUAGAGAUCCUCCAAAAAGCCAUAAAGACUAUGGAAAUGAAUAUUUCUGUGUUUAAGAAAGCCAGUGACAAGUAGGGAUGCAACAGAAAUGUUCAUUUCUGUCAGAAAACUACUUACAAUCUUAUGGUUUUUCAUAGUAGUUUCUAAGAUCUUUUGGUGCCAAACAUGUGCUAUGUUAGAACAUAAGUACACAAAAGUCAUCUGGCAAAACAUUUACCUGUAGUUUUGCUUUAUUAAAAUAAAAGGAAAUAAUUAAGAAA